AUGUAUCUUUUCCAGGACUUUGGCGGCCGGGUGCCCACGUUGUACAACCCAUUCCAGCCUUUGUCAACUGCUGGAUUUCUUCUCCCCCAAACUCCAUUCUGGCGCGUCACGGGCUUUCACUGGCAUGAACGACAGUCGUUGUACAAAAAUGCACCUUUGAACACGGUGGUCUUCACGCCUGUCCUUUACGGGGAGACGUGUAUAUUCUCUGCAAACUUGGAUGCCUUGUAUCAAAGUCUGGCGUUGAAUAGCGAUUUCCACAAGGCUCCAAAUCCGACCUUGGACAUGCUUGGCACGAAUGUCGUAACUUCGACUGGCGACGUUUGGAAGAGGCACAGGCGCAUCACUGCCCCAGCAUUUAACCAUUCGACGUAUGAAAAUGUGUGGGAUACGACGAUUAAGGUGUAUUCUGAAAUGCUUGACAAGGAGGGCUGGCGGAAUGUAGAUGAAACGCCUAUGGCGGAUAUGAGCAAGGCAACACACAAGCUGGCUCUGUUCCUCAUUGCCAUUGUGGGCUUCAAUAUCCCGAUGUCUUGGAAUGAGCCUCCUCGGGAUGAUAGCGGGAGGCUCACAGCCCAAUCGAUGAUCCUAGAUGUCGCCAAGUACAUUAUGGAAAGAGGCCUCAUUCCAAAAUGGGCAUAUUCUUUGGGGAUUGAAAAACUGAAACGGAUAGACGAAGCAUACAACCAAUUUGAAGAGUUCAUGCGUGAACGGAUUUCCGAACGCGAGACCGAACUGAAAAAGCUUCGGGCCAUAGAGGGCGGGGAAGCCAAUGCGACUGAGAACCUCAAAGAUGUGUUCGGUAGACUUGUCAAUGCACGAUUGUCUGAGGGUAAGCAAAGCCUCUCAGAUAGGGAGUUAAUUGGAAAUUGCUUCGCUUUCACAUUUGCUGGACAUGAAACGUCCGCAAAUUCGCUUGCAGUCACUCUAGCUUUAUUGGCCCUUUACCCAGAAGAGCAAGACUGGGUUUAUAGGUCCAUAGUAGAUGUUGUUGGCGAUCGCGAGCUGACGUUUGACGAUUUUGAUAAGCUCGAUGGCGUGUUAGCCUGUGUCUAUGAGGGCGUACGGCUUUUCCCUGUUGCUUGGCUAAUGGCCGAAAUCGCUUCGAAAGAUACAACGCUCACCCUAUCACGAAGGGAUAACCCGGAAAUCAAGGAGAUAUUGCCGGUCAAGAAAGGGACAGCGCUUUACAUUGACACAAUUGGAAUAGCGUAUGAUCCACGACUCUUCCCUGACCCGGAAGAGUUCAGGCCGCGUCGUUGGAAGAAAUCGGGGAAAUCUUCGUCAGCACCUACUGCACUCGCUACACAGGCUGAUGAAGUCUCCGGGUCCUCGCCAGCGACAACAAUUGAGGGAUUCACGGGCUUCGCAUACGGACCACGCACCUGCCUCGGACACAAGUUUGCCAAAGUUGAGUCGGUGUGCUUCUUGACUCUGUUGCUGAGAGAUUGGCGUGUCGUCCCCGUGAUGCAAGCUGGUGAGAGCAAAGAGGCUUGGAGGAAGCGAAUACUCAAGCCUGGGUUUGGCCAAGCGUUGCUUAUUGGCGAGGUCCCACUCAAGUUAGUCAGGAGAAAGUGAAUUUUUACUUUGUAUCGUGUGAUAUCUAUGUUUGAAUAUGCCUGUUUUAUUCUGUCAAUGUCCUAUGUACCUGUGAAGCCUGGUAUUAUCCUACCAUAUCUUUCAAUGUUUCUGAUCCAUUAAUAA